AUGGCUGGUAUAAACGAUGCCGCGAUUGUUGCUGCUUUGGAGGCUGUGGCUCAAGUUUUGGCACAUCAACCAAAUGCCGAUGAGAAUACUGGAUCUCGUAGUUUGGCGACCUUCCAGAGGGAGAAUCCGCCGGUCUUCAAAGGAAAGCAUGACCCUGAUGGCGCAUUGGAAUGGUUGAAGGAGAUUGAGAGGAUCUUCCGUGUGAUGGAUUGCACUCCAGCGCAAAAGGUUCGUUAUGGUACUCACAUGCUAGCAGUCGAAGCUGAUGAUUGGUGGCUAGAGAAUCGCCAUAGAUUGGAGGUGGCAGGUGAAGAGAUCACUUGGGUUGUGUUCCGCAGGGAAUUUCUGAGAAAGUAUUAUCCUGAAGAUGUUCGGGGUAAGAAAGAGAUUGAGUUUCUUGAGCUCAAACAGGGGAAUAUGUCAGUGACUGAAUAUGCUGCAAAGUUCACUGAGUUGGCUAAGUUCUACCCGUAUUAUGAUGGAGCAGGUGCUGAGUUUUCGAAGUGCAUCAAGUUUGAGAACGGAUUGCGCUCUGAGAUCAAGAAAGCUAUUGGGUAUCAGAAGAUUCGUAUCUUUCCUAAUUUGGUUGAUAGUUGCAGGAUCUUUGAAGAAGAUAACAAUGCUCAUUACAAGGUUGUUACUGACAGGAGAGGCAAGAAUCAACAGAACCGUGGCAAACCAUAUGAUGCUCCAGCUGGUAAAGGUAAACAGAGAUUUACGCAGGGUCAGAGAUCUAGUGGGGGAGGUGCUCCUCCUAAUGUGAUUUGUUUCAAUUGCGGGAAACCUGGCCAUAAGAGUACUGCGUGUAACAUUGAGGUGAAGAAAUGUUUUCGUUGUGGUAAGAUGGGGCACGCUAUGUCAGAUUGUAAGCAUAAGGAAAUGGUUUGUUUUAACUGCGGUGAAGAAGGACACAUUGGAAGUCAGUGUUCGAAACCAAAGAAGGCACAAGCUGGUGGAAGAGUGUUUGCUUUGGCUGGAACUCAGACACCGAAUGAGGACAGACUUAUCAGAGGUACAUGUUUCAUAAAUAGUACUCCUUUAAUCACUAUUAUUGAUACUGGUGCUACUCAUUGUUUUAUUGCUGCUGAUUGCGUUAAAAGAUUGGGUCUUGUGUUAUCUUCUAUGAAUGGUGAGAUGGUAGUUGAGGUUCCAGCUAAAGGAUCAGUGACUACUUCUCUAGUAUGUUUGAAGUGUCCUUUGUCGAUUUUCGAUAGGAACUUCGCUGUUGAUUUAGUUUGUGUGCCGUUAAGUGGGUUGGAUGUAAUUUUGGGGAUGAACUGGUUAGAGUAUAACUAUGUUCAUAUUAAUUGUUAUAACAAGACUGUGAGGUUUUCAACUGUUGAAGAGGAAGAAGCUGGGUUGGUGUCGCCUAAGCAGUUGCGACAGUUGUUGAAGGAAGAAGCUGAGAUGUUCUCAUUAAUGGCAACAUUGUCAAUUGAGAAUCAAGCUAUAAUUGAUGAGUUGCAGGUGGUGCGUGAGUUUCCUGAAGUUUUCCCUGAUGAGAUUCCUGAUGUACCUCCAGAAAGAGAGGUUGAAUUUGCAAUUGAUCUUGUACCUGGUACCAGACCUGUUUCUAUGGCACCAUACAGAAUGUCUGCAUCCGAAUUGGCUGAAUUAAAGAAGCAACUGGAGGACUUACUUGAGAAGAGGUUUGUCAGACCAAGUGUAUCACCGUGGGGAGCUCCAGUGCUGUUGGUAUAGAAGAAAGAUGGA